AUGGGGAAAUUGUCACAGCAAAACCAGAAAAGCACAGCAAACAUUAACAAUGGCCGUGACAAUAAUGGAGUUACAAAAGUGAAACGUACUAGGAGAAGUGUGCCUAGAGACUCUCCACCUCAACGUAGCUCCAUCUAUCGAGGGGUUACAAGGCAUCGAUGGACGGGGCGAUAUGAAGCUCAUUUGUGGGAUAAAAAUUGCUGGAAUGAAUCACAAAAGAAGAAAGGACGACAAGUCUACCUUGGUGCCUAUGAUGAUGAAGAAGCAGCAGCACAUGCUUAUGACUUAGCAGCACUCAAAUACUGGGGUGAGGAGACAAUUAUCAACUUUCCGUUAUCGACAUACGAAAAUGAGCUGAAAGAAAUGGACGGUCAGUCCAGAGAAGAAUAUAUUGGAUCAUUGAGAAGGAAAAGCAGUGGCUUUUCGCGUGGAGUAUCAAAAUAUAGAGGUGUGGCAAGACAUCAUCACAAUGGAAGAUGGGAGGCUCGAAUUGGCAGAGUUUUCGGCAACAAAUACCUCUAUCUUGGUACAUAUGCUACUCAAGAGGAAGCUGCCACUGCAUACGAUAUGGCAGCCAUAGAGUAUCGGGGACUAAACGCCGUCACCAAUUUUGACCUCAGUCGUUACAUCAAGUGGCUCAAACCUAAUCAAACUGAUAUCAACAACACCAACAAUAAUGAUCCAAUUCAUCCUAAUCCUAACCUUAACAUAGCCACUCAGUCAUCUCCUAUCCCUGAUCAUGAACUUGGAUUAAGCUUCCUUCAUAAACAACAAACCUUCCAAACGCCUACCGAUGAAACUGCGCUGGUAGAGCAACGACCAGCCAAUGCUACCUCAGCCCUAGGGCUACUCCUUCAAUCACCAAAGUUCAAGGAGAUGAUGGAGAUGACAUCCAUGGCUGAUUGCCCCUCAACCCCUGUCGAUCAUCAGUUAGACCCAGCGCAAUGCAGAUUCCCUGAAGACAUUCAAACGUACUUUGAGUGCCAAGAUCCGAGCAACAGUUAUGGAGAAGGGGAUGACAUGAUUUUUGGUGAGCUCAACUCGUUUGUGCCUCAAAUGUUUCAAUCUGAUUUUUGA